AAAUAAUAAAAUAAUUUAAAAAGGAGGCGGAGAAGAGGGAGAAGCGCUAAGAUGGCGUCGGCUGGGCCCGAGUCUGGGGGGAGCAGCAGCAGCGGUGGUGGCACGACAGGGACACCAGGAACAGCGACGUUUAAAAAAUCACUCGAGGUGCCGGGUUCUUCUGGAUCCUCUUCGCAGACGAUCAGGAAAGGCCACCGGGGAGUUGACUCGACCGGCGAAACCACGUAUAAAAAGACCACUUCAUCGGCCCUCAAAGGUGCCAUCCAGCUUGGGAUCACCCACACCGUCGGGAGCCUGAGCACCAAGCCUGAGCGCGACGUCCUCAUGCAAGAUUUCUACGUCGUGGAAAGCAUCUUCUUCCCGAGCGAAGGCAGCAACCUGACGCCAGCCCAUCACUACAAUGACUUCCGCUUCAAGACUUACGCCCCCGUCGCGUUCCGUUAUUUCCGCGAGCUCUUUGGGAUCCGGCCGGACGACUACUUGUGUUCCCUGUGCAGUGAGGCCCUGAUUGAGCUCUCCAACUCCGGGGCCAGCGGCUCCAUCUUCUACGUCUCCAGCGAUGACGAGUUCAUCAUCAAAACAGUCCAGCACAAAGAAGCCGAAUUCUUGCAGAAGCUGCUGCCGGGUUACUACAUGAACUUGAAUCAGAACCCCCGGACCUUGCUGCCCAAAUUCUUUGGCCUCUACUGCGUGCAGGCUGGGGGGAAGAACAUCCGGAUCGUGGUGAUGAACAACCUGCUGCCCCGGUCGGUGCGCAUGCACCAGAAGUACGACCUGAAAGGCUCCACCUACAAACGCCGGGCGUCCCAGAAGGAGCGCGAGAAAGUCUUCCCCACCUACAAGGACCUGGACUUCAUGCAAGAACUCCAUGAUGGCCUUUUCCUAGACGCCGACAUGUACAGUGCCUUGUGCAAGACGCUACAGAGGGACUGCCUGGUUUUGCAGAGUUUCAAAAUCAUGGAUUACAGCUUGCUCGUGGCAGUCCACAACCUUGACCUGGCUCAGCGGGAACGGGCCAUCGUGGACGGGGCGGCCCAAGCCGACACGCGGCGACCGGCGGCCCAGAAGGCGCUCUACUCCACGGCGAUGGAAUCCAUCCAAGGGGAGGCCCGGCGAGGCGGCACUAUCGAGACGGACGACCAGAUGGGCGGGAUCCCGGCCCGAAACGCCAAGGGAGAGAGGCUGCUUCUUUACGUGGGGAUCAUCGACGUUCUGCAGUCCUACAGGUUCAUUAAGAAGCUAGAGCAUUCGUGGAAAGCGCUUGUUCACGAUGGGGACACGGUGUCGGUUCACAGGCCCAGUUUUUACGCGGAGAGGUUCCAGCGGUUCAUGUGUAACGUCGUAUUCAAGAAAAUCCCUUUAAAAUCCUCCCCUUCGAAAAAGAGCCGGUCUGGCGCAGCACCUCCCCGGCGGCCGGGCCAAAGCGGAGCCCCUUACCAGACGCAGGCCGUGUGCGAAACAAAAGUGCAGGUCACGAUGGAGGCGGAAGGCGAGCAAGGUUCCCAGCUGGGCCGCCCGGACCUUCUGCCUCGCACUCCCCCCGUCGAGGAAGCCAACAGCGACUCGGCGGCCACCACCCUCUCCACUUCCUCUUUGGGGAGCAGAGGCCACGAUUCCCCGGCCAACAGGUCGCUAGGAUUUGAAGUCUGCAAGUCAGGUACCUCAGCGGAUUCGACGCUAAUCGUUCUGGAAAGCUGUUCCCCUAGUGCUUCUCCAGGACCCUCCGUCCCCGGACGGCCGUCUGAGCUGACGGAGCAGUUCGAAGAUUUGCCAGAGACCGAGAUCAGCUUUUGAACGGUCGCAGGGUCGACCGCUUUGGGCGUGAGCGGAAGGCUCCCUCGGCGUGGUCCGUGGGGCGACGGACCUGCAGCCCUUGGAGGACGCUGAUGAACUCGGAACUGUCCUUCGACCUGAACAGAGAAAAGGCUGGGCUGCCGCUCCCCCUCCCAGCUGUGUAGUGUUUGUUCCCGACAAAGUCCUCUAGCUCUCCGAAGCCCCCCAGCCCCCCAGCUUUGUUACGGGAAACAAGCCCUGAGCGUGGAGGAGUUUCUCAGGCCGCCACUCGAGAAGGGACCGGCGCCCUUCCUCAUGGCCCGAAACCCGCAGGGGGGCCGAACGUUUCAGCGCAGCUGCCACCAGUGCCGAUAACUCUUCUCCGUGCCCCUGUUCCUCCACGGAGAGGGGCGCGUCGCCCGCUCAGAACCGUUGGCGAAGAGGAACGCCGUCUUUUGAUUUUAUAGCUUUCUAACGACGUUUUUUUUUUUUUUUAAACCCCCAACAGCCUCCCCGAAUUGCCAUAUCACUUUUUGGUUUAAGUACGUGGUUUUUAGGCCAAGAAAACUUUGAGUGAACCCACCAAAAAUAGUCUCGAGGAGAUGCUUCCUCCUCCAUGGUGACACAACGUGGGAGGCGUCUUCCUUGUUUUUAAUCUUAGAUCCACCGUUAAUCUAGCUGGAUGCCCAUCUUGAGGGGAUACAGGAAAGGAAUCUCCCCGCUGCCCCCAUCUAGACACACAAACGCGGUGCUCUACCCAUUGGGGCUCAUAGGAGGAAUUUUCCAGCUCUUCAGCCUUUAAGUUACACUGUAUGUAGGUCUGCAAAAACAGAUACCAUUUUUAAACCUUUAGUAUUUUCCUAGCGGACCAAACUCCCUUACCCCUUGAGGAAGAGGAAAACUAUUCCUGUUCUCAGUAUUAAGUUCUUUAAAGGACGCAAACUUAUAAUACCUUUUUUAAAAAAAACAAAAAUCUGAAAAUCCCCUAGUUUCUGAUUUCUUCUUUUUUUUUAUAGCCGUACUCAUCUUCGGUUUGACUAAUUUCAGCUCCUUUCACUGUCGCUUUAUACAAACGGCCAACGUUUUCUUCCCUUCCUUUUUAUAUAAUGACAGGCGUGUUUUGUUUUGAACUUUCCUGUUGUGAUGCUUUUUGGUUUUGGAAAUUGCAACUUCUUUUCACUAGGAGGAAAGAGGACACGCCAAUUGUAUAUCCCUAAGGAAGGAAGGUGCUUCUCAGCUCUUGGGAUGUGUGAUGUACUGAUAUAUUUUUUAAAAUACUUUGUCUACGUUAAAAAAAAUAAUGAGUUGAAAUAAUAGCCAUUGCCCCCGCCAUAGAAUUUAUAUUUAACUCUCCUAAACCCCUUUUUAAAAAAAUUGGGGGGAAAGAAAUUCUCUUCCUUUCCUUCCCAACCACAGUUUUGAACAUUUUUCUAUCUGGAAAAAAAAAUCUGCCUACAAUAAGCAGUUUAUAAGCUCUGUAGAGGGGGAGAUUUCUUCCACUCAAAUUCUAUGUAUAGCUGAAUAUCCGGCCCUACCAGCAGGAUCUCAGGUUGAAGCGAAAAGCUAUUUUUCUCCCCCUCCAGGAGCAGACUUUGCCCUAUUAGCUCAAUGCUUUAAAAACCAGAGUUUCAAACGAGCUUUUGGAAUGCACAUUGCCAACUAACAGCAACUGGGAUUUCGUGUUGAAUCUCAGUGGAGGCGUAAACAACAUACCUUUUUUUAAUGCUGAAAAAGACUGAGGAGACUUCUGAAAACAUAGUUAAGAGAUCAGGAAACCCCAGGCGUAAAUGGUUCUAUUUAUUUUAUUAUUAAAAAGAUGCCAUUGCCUGCUGGUGUUGAGUGCAGAGACAUAAGCAGGGACCUAGAUCUUUUCCAGUAGUUUUUGAUCGGUGGCGUGAAAAAUACUAGCGUGAAGCCAAGUCCAGGACUCAGAAUUGGGAGUAUUCUUGUAAAGUUUAAAAAACCCACCCUUCCUCUUUCUUCCCCCGCCUCCUAUGCCCCCAAUUCUCUCAGAGUUAUAUUUUAAAUAGCUGUCUAUAUUAGACACCCGUGACUUCAGAAAUGCCCCCACUAUUUUUGUCCUACAAGGAGGAAAAAGAGAACUUUCUCAAUUCAGUUUUUCGUUCUGUUUUCUUUUCACGAUGUUACUAUUUAUGAAGUUGUAUUUAAUUGUAUUUCCCCCCACCUCCACCCCACUCGCUGGGGGAAAUCAGCUUUUCGAGAUGAAGUUUGGGAGGGAAUGGACUUCUUUCUAUAGCGUAUUAUUAUAGACUUUGCUUUUUGACUGGCUUUAUGGAAGCAGCAGGCAAGAUGGUUGGUUUGCUUUUUAAAGAAGAAAACUACGACACCUUGGAACGGGUUGCGGAGUUCACGUCAGCUUUGCAAUGGAGCCAUGCUAGAAGCGGAAAUGGACCUCGGCUUCUUCUUCAGCGCUGCGACGGAUCUCCACCCUGUGAGUCGCCACUUCAUGCAGCAGGAUCUGGAGCACGUUUCUAGCGCAGAAGGAGGGCAUUCGAGAUCUCCAGGCAUCCAUCCAUCUCACCGUGUCGUGGAUUUUGUCACUUGAACCAUGUAAUACCUUUUUUUAAAAAUUAAUUUAAGCACAUUAUUGCCUAUUCAAAUGGAUGUUGAUUUCCCACCAUCACUACCAAACCCCCACACCUGUUUUAUCAGCCUUGUCUGUUGGAGUAAGACAUAACACACAGUAUGCUACUCGGUUCAAUAAAGGUGUCUUCAUUUCUUUUUC